GGUGGAGCAGUAUUGACAGAUCCAGAAAUGAUUAGUAUUGGCAAGAAUAUAGCAGAAAAAUGUGACGGUCUACCCCUUGCAGCGAACUUACUUGGAAGUUCAAUGUGUUCCAAAAGAGAGAAAAGCUAUUGGCGGUCAAUCGUAGACGACAUUGAUAGAUUGCAAGGUACACCUGAACAUGAAAAAGUCAUUUCAAUAUUAAAACUGAGCUAUGAUAAUUUAUCGCCUCCUUUGAAGCAAUGUUUUUCAUACUGCUGUAUUUUCCCGAAAGAUUGGAAAAUAGAAAGAGAAAUGUUAAUUCGAUUAUGGAUGGCAGAAGGAUUCCUUUCGCCAUCUAGCAGAGGAGAAAAUAUAUCUCUUGAAGAUAUUGGUAAUGAAUAUUUUGAGUAUUUGUUGUGGAGUUCGUUCUUCCAGGAUGUGGAGAAGUAUCAUGAGUCGGGUGACAUUUGGAAAUGUAAGAUGCAUGAUUUGGUGCAUGAUCUUGCAACGAGUGUUGUAGAUCCUAAUGAAUUUAGAAUUGCCAAGGUAAGAGAUGACAAGGAAGAAGCCUUACAAGUUCGUCGUUUUCAACUGCUAUUUGAUGAAGGGAAAAAUUUGGCAUCUCCUACAGUAUUAUCAAAUGCUGUGAAACUGCGUACAAUUGUUGCUCUUGAACCAAAGUAUAUUUCGCAUGUCAGUUCUUUCUUUCAAUGUAGGCGUUUACGAGUACUAUGUCCUCUCAGUGGCUGGGAAUGUGGCUGGCGUGGAUGCACACUCUCUUCUAGGAGCAUGUCUGCUUCAUCGAUUUCUAAGCUGAAACAUCUGAGGUACCUUGACCUCUCAGACAUGGAUUUAUCUCCUGAGGUAUCUUUAAAUCAUUCUUACAAUCUGCAAACACUCAUACUGAAAUUCUGCAGAAACGUUCCUAGCUGUCUUCUAAAUAAGAUUGGAUCUUUGAAGAGUUUGAGGCAUCUUGAUAUCUCGUUUUCGGAUAUUAAAUCUAUACCCGAAAAUAUUGGGUCCUUGGAACAUCUGAGUUUCCUUGAUCUUUCAAGAACAAAAAUCUCAAAGUUACCGGAUUCAAUCACUUAUAUCACCAGUUUAAGGACGUUGAGGUUCCGUAGUUGUUGUAAUUUAGAUGCCUUACCAAGUGAGCUAGGAGCACUGACACGAUUGCGGUGUCUUGAUUUGAGUGAUACUUCCAUCCAAGAAUUGCCUGAAUCAUGCAUUAGCAACCUCUGCAAUUUGGAGAUUGUGAAACUAGGUAGUGUGUGUGAGCUUCCAAAGGAAAUUAAGAAUUGGCCGAAAUUGAGAAUUUUUACUCAUGAGAGAUUUGAUGAUGUAAUGCCUAGAGGUAUAGAAAGGCUUACCUGCCUUGAAACAUUAAAGUCUUACAUGGUUAGACAAGAAACAGAGGUAUGUGGAAGUCCCAGUAAUAAGAGUUACGGUGGCAUUGAAGAGUUAGCAGGCUUAAACUCCCUUGAGGUAUUGAAGAUCAUAAAACUUGAAAAUGUGAGAGGUGGAAUAGAAGAUGGAGAAACAGCAAAGUUAAAGGACAAGCAACAUCUUCGAAAAUUACAUCUGGAAUGGGGUUCCACAGGUGGUGAUGAUGACCAAGUACGGAGUAGUACAAGUGUAAAAGAUACUGCGGUGUUGGAGGGUCUCCAGCCUCACUCAAAUUUGGAAAAAUUGGUAAUAGAGGGAUUCUCAGGUUUAAAGCUUCCAAAGUGGAUGAUGGGUUGUUCAUUAUCUAACUUCCUUCCGAAUUUGGUGGGUUUAAGUUUCAUAGAUUUGGAUAAUUGUGAGCAGCUUCCAGCUCUGGGCAUGCUCCAAUUUCUUAGAAGUCUUUGGAUCGUCAGAAUGAAAUCAAUCAAGUGUCUGGGUGAAGAAUUCUAUUAUCAACAAGAAAACAGAGAAGAAGAAGAAAGCAGUAGUAGUGAUACUUCAAAGAGACCCUCAUUAUUCCCUUCGCUAGUUUAUUUGGAUAUUUGUGAAUUGGAAAACUUAGAAGAAUGAGUUGCUCCUCCUCUUUCUUCUUCUUCUUGUUUUCCUUCUCUUGAGAAUAUAUAUAUCAGAAACUGUAAACGAUUGAGAAGCACACCACCGAUGACUUCGUUUUCUUCUCUGAAGACAUUGCAUUUAAUGGGUACCAAUGAUAAUGCAGUAAACUCAUUAUUCUAUAGAGGGGGAGGAGAAGGAUGUCUGCCCUCUCUCACAUCCAUUAGAAUAAGGGAAUCUCCAGAUCUAAUAUAUUUACCACCAUUGGGCGCACUACUCCAACGCAGUACUCCGAAUUUUUGGUCCCUUGAAAUUGGGAAAUGCUCAAAUUUUCAAGGUUUUCGUGAUGAUGGUGAUAAUCGAAACAACAACAACAACAACAGUUCUAUUCGUUCACUGUGUCUACAAGAUUGUCCUGCUUUAACAUCUCUACCGGAUUUACGAUUAUGUACUUCUCUCCGGGAAUUAACAAUCUGGAAAUGCGACAAACUGAAGAAUAAGGAGUCAAUACUCUAUGAUCAUAAGAAGUCCCUCGCGUUUCUUGAUGUACUCCAAGUUGAUUUCAUCCAAAGAGACGAGGGUGUUCCGGAUGUCUCUUCUCCGGAUGACUUAACUAAUUUGAUGGAGAAGAAGAAGAAGUAGAUUUGGUCGAUAGGAACUCAUCUCUUCUUCUAGAAUUACCAACAGGUUGGUUGGAUCGAUGGCGAGGAAUCAACAAGCAACCAGGCAUGCUUCUUAAUUUUGCUCUUGAAAUUCUGCAAGCAGUGGGUAUGCUCCAAAAUGAAACUCAAGAUGAAAAUGAUGGAUUUUAUCAAUCACAACCAGAAGAAGAGUAUUUGGGUGUCCAGAUGGAAUCCCCACCUAUACCAAUGAAUGAUCAACCUUCUCCGAUUGGUAUGUUGUUCGAAGAUACAUCUCAUCACUAUGCUAAUGAGUUAGAAUUUGACUAACCUAUUGAUGUGAAGAAUUGGGCUAGAGAACAUGCCAAGAGAGUCAAUUGCGUCUUGGUUUUGAAUGGAAAAGAAAGCAACACUCGUUUAGAAAUGGUUUGUGAGAGAAGUGGAGAUCCCAAUGUUAGUCACAAGAGGAAGGUUUAUGAGUAUAAAGGAAAGACGACGAGGAAGAACACAACAUGCUCAAAGAAAAUCAAAUGUCCGUUCAAGCUAGUAUUUAGCAAGAGCAAAUUAACGAAGAAAUGGUUUCUAGCUAUGGAUAAGGUGGUAGGUCGUCAUAACCACCCUCGUCCGGAUGAUCUUGAAGGGCAUGCAAUGUCCGCAAGGCUCACUCAUCAAGAAAUGGAAAAAAUAGCCGCGUAUAGGAAAUUGUGUAUUCCACCUUCCACAAUGUUAUAGAAAUCACUGUCUGAUUUUAAUGUUAUAGAAAUUACUAAAUGUCUGCAUUGUUCGGUAUUUUGCUGCCUCCCUAGGAGUUUAAUCGUAACAGUCUUCCCAUAUGGUAAACUGUUGGUUUUCUUCAUUGCACUCCAAAAGGAAAUCACAGUCCAUGAAAUCUUUGUUCUUCGGAUACUCUGUUGAUUUAUAAAACGAA